AUGGAAACUCGCAAUUCCAGAAGCCUUCGUCUCUACGCUAGACGUGGGAAUCACCUGACGGAGAGUAUCACAAUGAAAUUGACCACAUCAUCGUCAGUAAAAGGUUUUGCCCGACGGAUGUCACUGUUGUACCAAAGUUUCAUACGGGAUCGGACCAUCGCCUCUUUCGAGGAAGAUUUUGUCUUACACGGAGAGGAGAAAACUAAGCAAACUCCAAAAUCCAUCAUUGACUGGGUGCUCUUCGCUUCGUUUGUCGGCUUUUGGAAAGAUGCCGUCACUUACAACAUCGACGACGAAUGGCUUGCAGAACAUGACGUUCACGACCGUACGAGGAAAGCGAAGAGUUUCAAAACCAGCAAGAGAUGCCUGUAUCCGAAACCUUUAGAGCCGAUACGUGAGUGUGGAGCUGCACGAGAUGCAGGUACCCAAGAACUCACGUCCGAGCUCGCAAGACUUUGCAGAGAGGCGAUAAAGGGAGACCUUAAAGAGAGAGAAGAGCAGUAG